AACCAUGAAGGGUUUGUUACAUACCCACAUUAACUCACUUGCAGCUCUUGUAAUUUGCUUAUGUUGAACGUUUCCCCUCACCCUGCAUUUAGGCCACCACCGUUUUCAGUUUCCCUCACGGUUUCAUUGUGAAGACAACGAAGUAUGUCAGGGGCACAGAUUUCUGCUUUUGUCUUUGGAUGUGUCGGGGUUGGAGCUCUUAUUGCUGCUACUGUAUCCAAUGAAUGGAAAGUAACUACCAGAGCAUCAUCUGUUAUCACUGCUACGUGGGUUUUCCAAGGUCUUUGGAUGAACUGUGCAGGAAAUGCAUUGGGAUCCUUCCACUGCAGACCACACCUGACUAUCUUCAAUGUAGCAGGUUAUAUCCAGGCAUGUAGAGGACUCAUGAUUGCUGCUGUCUGCCUGGGCUUUUUUGGUUCCAUAUUUGCAUUGUUUGGAAUGAAGUGUACAAAAGUUGGAGGCUCAGAGAAGUCUAAGGCUAAAAUUGCAGGCUUGGCUGGAAUUGUAUUCAUUCUUUCAGGGCUGUGCUCAAUGACGGGCUGCUCUCUGUAUGCAAACAGAAUCACAAGUGAAUUCUUCAACCCACUUUACUAUGAACAAAAAUACGAAUUAGGAGCUGCUUUGUUCAUUGGAUGGGCUGGAGCAUCACUAUGCAUAAUUGGUGGCAUCAUAUUUUGCUUCUCAAUAUCUGAAGGCAGUAAAACCCCCAGAAUGGGAUACGCAUACAACGGGGCCACAUCUGUUUUGUCUUCUCGGACAAAGUUCCACGGUGGAGAAGGAGAUUUUAAGACCACAAGUCCUCCGAAACAAUUUGAUAAAAAUGCUUAUGUCUAACAGCACUGCUACAAAAAUUGGAGUUUUUCAUUGAAUGUGAAUGGUUCACAGAAUGAUUUCCAGCAAAGCUCCAUUGUAAUUAUUACUGAAACCUUUUAAAAAUGUGAACUUGCAAUGUGUGUUGAUUUUGUGGAUGUAAAUUUUCUUAUAUGGUUACAUAUACUAAUCAUUUUAUGCUGUGGCUUUCUAUAAAAAUAAAGUCUAUUUACAGAUA